AUGACCAUGUUCAAGUCCAAGAACACUCUUCCUCCUUUGCGCGAAACAGACAAGAAGGACCCAAUGUUGAAAACAAGAACCGCCCAGCUCUCCGCCAUGCAGGCAUCACCAACCUCCUCGUCCUCCCCCGAGGACGCCGCCGAGAACACAGCAGACGAGGAGGAUUCCGAGGACUACUGCAAGGGAGGCUACCACCCCGUCUCAAUUGGCGAAAAGUUCAAGGAGGGCAAAUACACCGUCGUGCGCAAGCUGGGCUGGGGCCAUUUCUCCACCGUCUGGCUGUCGCGCGACAACACCACAGGCAAGCAUGUCGCCCUCAAGGUCGUGCGCUCUGCCGCACACUACACAGAGACCGCCAUCGACGAGAUCAAGCUCCUCCAGAAGAUCGUCACCGCGAAGCCCGACCACCCCGGCCGCAAACACGUCGUCAGCCUGCUCGACUCCUUCGAACACAAGGGCCCCAACGGAACACACGUCUGCAUGGUUUUUGAGGUUCUAGGCGAGAACCUGUUGGGCCUCAUCAAGAAAUGGAACCACCGCGGCAUCCCCAUGCCCUUAGUGAAGCAGAUUACCAAACAGGUGCUGCUGGGGCUCGACUAUCUCCACCGGGAGUGCGGCAUCAUCCAUACCGACCUCAAGCCCGAGAACGUAUUGAUCGAGAUCGGUGACGUCGAGCAGAUUGUCAAGAAGGUUGUUAAGAGCGAACCGUCAGAUAAGGAGAACAAUCGCAACGGCCGAAGGAGGCGGAGGACAUUGAUCACUGGCAGCCAGCCAUUACCGUCGCCACUCAACGCGUCCUUCAAUCACAACAAUCUCUUCCCAUCACCCAACUCACACUCCAGCCUCGGCCAGAUGUUGAACGAAGGCAACAAACCAAAAGAAUCAUCACCAACCGACGAGAUCAAGCAGAAGCAGCGGGAAAAGACAGCGGAUCUCCUUACAAAGGAAGUAUCUGGCAUCUCCCUGGACAAGUCUUCAAACUCGUCGUCAUCAUCCACAGGCGAAAAGCGCAAGGCCGAAGACUUUGGUCUAGACGUCAUCAGUGUCAAGAUUGCAGACCUGGGCAACGCCUGCUGGGUAAACCAUCACUUCACAAACGAUAUCCAAACGAGACAAUACCGGUCGCCCGAGGUGAUACUUGGUUCGAAAUGGGGGGCUAGCACGGAUGUGUGGAGCAUGGCUGCAAUGGUCUUCGAACUUAUCACUGGCGACUAUCUCUUCGACCCUCAGUCCGGCACUAAGUAUGGCAAGGACGACGAUCACAUAGCCCAGAUAAUAGAGUUGAUGGGUCCAUUUCCGAAGUCACUGUGUCUAUCGGGCAAGUGGUCGCAAGAGAUAUUCAAUCGUAAGGGCGAGCUCCGCAACAUCCACCGGCUGCGGCACUGGGCGCUUCCUGAUGUCCUGAGGGAGAAGUACCACUUCAAGGAGGAGGAAGCCAAGCGCAUUGCCGACUUUCUGGUGCCCAUGCUGGAGCUCGUUCCGGAGAAGCGAGCCAACGCCGGCGGCAUGGCGGGGCAUGUCUGGCUGGAGGACACGGCAGGGAUGAAGGGUGUCAGGAUCGAGGGACUGGAGGUUGGUUCCCGGGGCGAGGGCAUAGACGGUUGGGCGAACGAAAUCCGGAGGCGAUAG